CCCCGCUUCGCUUUCGCCAUCCCGUGCUCCCGUCCCAUCCGUGAUCAUCCUCUUCCCGGUCCCGUCUCUGUCUCGCUCUGUCUUUCCCCUGCAAAUCGGCGCGCCUGUGUCUCGUCUCGCCCCACGCGAGCCGCAGCCAUGGAGGAAGGCCGGGGUGACAGCAAGGACGAGGCGGCCAGGCGCCUCGAGUGGACUACCAUGAACCUGGAGACCGGCGGCGAGAAGGGAGAUGGCAUUGGCAAUGGCAACGGCCGGAAGGAGCCGAUGAGCAUCGUCCGGCUCUUCUUGGCCUGCGUGGUCUCCGGCGGCAUCCAGUACGGCUGGGCGCUGCAGCUCUCCCUCCUCUCGCCGUACUCUCAGACUCUUGGGAUCUCUCACAGCUACGUUUCUCUGACAUGGAUCUGCGGGCCUAUCGCUGGAUUUGUGGUGCAACCCAUCGUCGGUUACUACAGCGACCGGUGUACCAUGAAGUUGGGGCGGAGGCGGCCCUUCAUCCUUGCUGGAUGCGUCAUCAUCUGCCUCUCUGUGAUGAUGAUCGGCUUCUCGGCGGACAUCGGGCGGCACCUCGGCGACACCAAGGAGCACUGCAGCACGUUCACCGGCUCCCGCUGGUCUGCCGCCGCCGUGUACAUUGUUGGCUUCUGGUUCCUCGACUUCGCCAACAAUACCGUCCAGGGACCGGCUCGCGCGAUGAUGGCCGACCUCUCUGCUGGACAUCACGGGCCUAACGUCGGCCAGGCGAUCUUCUCCCUGUGGAUGGCUCUCGGCAGCGUCCUCGGCUACUUGGCCGGAGCCAACGCAAAAUGGCACGUGUGGUUCCCUUGGCUCAAGACCGCGGCGUGCUGCGACGCUUGCGCGAAUCUUAAGGGCGCCUUCUUGACCGCUGUGAUCCUCAUUGCCAUCAGCAUGUCAAUCACCCUGUACCUCGCCGACGAGGAGCAGCUCGACAAGGGCGCCGUCGACACCUCCGGCGGUGGGUGCUGCGCCGUGUUCGCCGACCUCUUCAAGAGCCUGAGGAACCUGCCUCCCGCCAUGUUCAAAGUGCUCGCCGUCACGGCCGUCACCUGGCUCUCCUGGUUCCCGUUCAUCCAGUACAACACCGACUGGAUGGGCCGGGAGAUCUACCACGGCUUGCCGCAGGGCACGGGCGGCAAGGCUGACACUUUCAACGCCGGCGUCCGCGAGGGCGCCGUCGGCCUCCUCUUCUGCUCCAUCGCGCUCGGCGUCACCUCCUUCCUGAUCCCCAAGCUGUGCCGGAAGCUCACGACCAGGGUCGUCUGGUCCAUCAGCAACCUGCUGGUGUUCGUCUUCAUGACGAUGAUGGUCGUCGUCGGUAUGGUCUCCAUGAAGGGAUACAGGGCCUCCCUCGCUGCCGGCCUCACCGGACCCGACCCAACCCUCAAAGGCAUCGCGCUUGCCAUCUUCGCGCUCAUCGGCAUCCCGCAGGCCGUGUUGUUCAGUGUUCCUUGGGCUGUCGCAUCCGAGGUUGCCACCGAGGAGGGUGGAGGACAGGGUCUCGCCAUUGGCGUCCUCAACAUUGCCAUCGUCGUUCCACAGCUGGUGAUCGCGCUCACAGCCGGCCCCAUCGACGGUGCCUUCAACAAGGGCAACACCCCGGCCCUCGGCAUCGGCGCCGCCUUCGCCCUGAUCUGCGCGGUCCUGGCGCUCGUCCUGCUUCCAAAGACUAGAGGCAUGUCCAACGCCGCCAUCAUGUCCGGCGGGCACUGAUCUCUCCCCAAGACGGCACCUCGCAGCGCAAUCGGAUCACAGACGAGAGGCAGCAAUUGGAUCACAGAUCUUAUUAGGAGGGAAAACAAACUGAUUUCUUAAGCAGGAAGGCAGGGUUGGUUAUUGUGAGAUACCGGAGUCUUGUCUAGUCUGUUCGUAUGUGAGGUCGUAUCAGCGCCUCAUUUUCGGCGUUUAGUUCUUUAUGUUUCGAGAUUACAGCAAUAGAGGCCGAGAGAGAUCUUUCCUGGUUGCAAUAUUUAGCACGCCAGGAAAUGAAAUCUCAUCUCAAAUAUUUGAGUUGAACAAUGAUUCUCUCUGCUGUAAUGGUUAGAAGCUCAUCAAUGA